UUGUACGGGAACACACCUAAAGGACUCAAUCCAACGCUUUACGCUGCAGAAGAUUUGGUACUUCAACUCGACGACAACACAUUCAACGAUACGAUUUUCUGUGUGGGCGAAAAGUGCACAUCCUACUUAGUUGAGUUCUACUCGGACUGGUGCGGACAUUGCCGAUCAUUCGCACCAUUGUAUAAGGCUCUGGCCAACGAUGUACGGGGAUGGCAAGAUGUCGUUAAAAUAGCUGCAAUCAACUGUGCUGAUUCUGUGGUUAUGGAUGACUAUGCUGUUAAUCGUUUCAGCGACUGGCCGAUGUUUGAUUAUCUAGGAGAUGUUGUUACUUACGGCGAACUUUGGGAGGGAGCCCCUCCAAGCACUCAGUACAUGGCUAUUAUUUUUGAAAAUCAUCAAUCAAGCCUGACAGGGGCUCAGGGUUUCUUUUAUGGAAGAAUAGUUUCUAAUUACGGUGUGAUUUGGCAUAUCUGUAGGCUUCGAAGGCUUCUUUUGGCUGAAUUGGAGAACUUCCUCAAGGAUCCUUCGGAACAGUCGGUACAGUUCCAUAGCCGCAAAAACAGAACCAAUCCAUGUGACGCUGAUCCAGAAAAAUGUCGCGCUCUCUACUACGUCUCUGAGGUGGAUAUGCUCAAAGCAAUACGAUAUGCUUUGUUUCGAGAAACGUCGCGAACAAAUGCCCCUCUUGCCGGAUCUAAUCUCACAGCCCUCCAUGCAUUUGUCAACCUUCUGGCUGAUUACUUCCCCGUCUCCACUUCUUAUGGAAACGAUACUGCCCUGGAUCGCUCGACUCGAGCUGUCAAAGUGUUUGCACGUCUUCGAGAUUAUCUCGAAAAUCGCGGACUGGACAGUACAAUCACACCUGAGGAAUGGCAAAGAGAAUUUAUAGCAGCUGAGGAAUCUGCUGGAAAUCCAUUUACAAUAAACUCUGAUUGGGAACAUUGCAAAGGUUCCAGUGGACAAUAUCGAGGAUACACUUGUGGAUUAUGGGUUACAUUCCACACGUUGACUGUUUCCGCGUACAAACAGGCGGAGGAGCAUUGUGAGUAUUUUGGCUACUUGAAACGAUAUCUAAUAUUCAAAAUUCAUGACAGACUUCAAGCCACUAGCUCCUCUGCAAGCAAUUCGAGCCUGGAUCACAUCGUCAAAAAUCCAGAAGAUGUUGUUAUGUAUCUGUGGCGAGCUCACAACAUCGUGAAUGCUCGACUUCACGGUCGUGACACUGAGGAUCCACAAUUUCCAAAAGUGCAGUUCCCUGCAAAAUUUUUGUGCUCAAACUGUACCACCACUGGUUCGCUUACGGAUAAGCAAACGCGAGACUUUUUGAUUGACUACUACUCUCAGAUCAAACCAUUCCAAACACCCAAAUUCUUAUUGAAAUAAAA